AUGGCAACGCAUUCCUUUACCGCCCACGGCGGCGAUGCCCGGCAGGGAGCCGUGACUCCGACCUCGAUGACCUACCGGCCGAUGGCUGGGUCGCCAACCCUGACGAACCCCGAUAUGAUUCUUCCCGACUAUGAUUUCCCCGACUCACCCGAAGACCGCUCGCAGUCGCCCCUCAUGAUGUGGAACAACGCCCAGAUCGGCGACAUGCAAUUCCAUCUACCUCCGUCGCAAAACUCCUUCAUCACCGGUCCAUUGAGCCCCUCAACCCCGAUCAUCUACGGAAAUGGCACCAUGCUAUCGGAUAUUGGCGAGGUCACAGAAGUCGAGAGCGUUAUUGGUAGAGGUCCCCGACGCGGCUCGCACUUGUCAGUUCCGAGCGACGAUGAUGCUGCUCUACGAUCUUCGCCCACCAUGGGGUUGCCGCAAAUCAAGAUAAAAGCCCAGAUCGCGUCGCGGGAAAGGAGAUCCUCAAUAGAAUCCACGAGCACCGUCACGACCCAAGGCCGAAAUGCCCCGUUUGCCGAUUUCGAUGAUGCGGUAAGCGUCGACGACAUCAACUUCCAGGGUGACGAUGAGGAGAGCAUGGCCUCCUCAUAUGUAGAGGGAACGCCUAUGCAGGAACCUGGAGUUGUGAGGAGGCCGGUGCGACAGGUGUCGGCUGGUGAUCGAUUCUCUACCAACUCCAUCAGCGAUAGGGCCGAGCAAAUCCUUGCCAAUGCGAAAAAGAGAUUAACGACUAUGGAGGGAAACCUUUCCAGAGCGAGGAGCUCGUUAUAUUACACGCCCAUGUCCGACGGUUCCACCCCAUCGCCGCCCAUUUUGCGCCCUUCAACGUCCCUCCGUGAGCCCACUGCUCCUCCCUCCUCGGGCCACUCAAGGAUGCUGAGCGACACGACCUUUCAAAACGGCCCUGCUGGAUAUCCGACACGAUCAGCUAGCGCGCUAGGCGCUGCCGGAGGGUAUCGCCAGCCGUUGACUUCAUCGAGGAGCGCCGAUGCGCUGGGAGCCGGCUAUUCCGGCCCCAAGCCAUCGCAUCACCCCCUGGAUACGAGCCUUGAGCCCUUGAGCGAGGAUGAAGACUACGAGGACGCCAACGGUAACUACUACAAUAACUUGCGCAGUCCAACAUUUGGAUACGCCACCGAUAAAGAAAUUACUCGAUCUGCCUCGGUAGCGCAGAUGCGCGAUCUGAAAGGUCAGAUGAUGGACCUCAAGGGGAAGAUCUCUAGCUUGAGGGAGCAGGCGCGUGCCGACAGCAUGAAACGACGGAGUUUGCAAAGCCUGAGGACUCCGAGUCCCUUUACACACUCAAGAUGGGACCAAGGAUUCAUAGAAAAAGGGACCCCAACCAGCUCAGGUCCGGAAACGCCAUGGCAGGCUCCUUGGAGUGCAGGCUUGGCCCCGGCUGAUUUCGGGAUGGAGAAACUCAUACCUAGUUAUGAUGAAAUAGCGGCGGUUGAGGCAGCGGCCGAAAACGAGGAAGCUGUAAGGAUUGAUCAUGGAGAUGCCGUUGAGCCUCUCGCAAGAGAUGCGAUCAACGGAACUAGUUCAACGGAAUCGGAACAGACCGAAAGGGGGGUAGAGGUAAAGGAAGUGAGUAAAGUAAAGGAGGAACAGCCGGAGGAGCGAGUGCAGCAGGUGGAGCAAGUACUGCAACAGGAGGAGCAAGUACCGCAGCAGGUGCAGGAGCAGGUGCAAGAGCAGCAAGAGGAGGUGAAGCUGGUUGAACAGGUCGAGGAAGAAGAGCAACCGUUCGACGAAGAUGUCCGACCUACCGUGGAAGAUGAUUGGGAAGAGAGUGAGGAACUAGAAGGAGAGGAACAAGGUGAACAAGAUGAGCCCGCGGCUGUUGACGAAGUCCCUCUGGAAGGGGAACAAGACGGAGAUUUCAGCGACUAUGAAAGCGAGAGCGGGGAGUCCCUAUACCACGACACGAUCCAACACCCGGUCUCCCAUGAGGAUCGUGAGGAUGCCUUCGACUACGAGCAUUUCUUCCUCCACUCAGCAAUGGGCACGAUCAGUCAACAGCGGCUAGGGCGGAGGGAUAGCUCGGCAAGUGUCAGUUCAGACGACUCCGUUGAGACGACGAGAGGCCCUGUGAUGAAUCUGCCACGGAGAUCCAGCGUUGAGAGCGUGUCAUCUGUUAACUCCUUUGCCACCGCCACCGAGGGACGCUCGAGCCGGACUUCAACCCUCCAGGACGAGACUAAAGAAACCGCCAUCGAAACACCCGAUUUGUCAGAUUCCUCGGAUGGCCCCCCAACGUCAAAGCGGACAACAUUUGGUGGCUUCGAGUUCCCGCGCUCCAAGCGUAACUCGGCGGAUUUCCAACCGGGUUAUGUCCGACGGAGCACAGUUGUGCACCGACCGACAAAUAGCGAGAACGUGGCCUCUCACCGACCUUCCAUUUCAUCGUUUGAGUCAACAGGAACGAAUCGAAGUUUCCCAUUGGUGAACAGGGCCAAAUUAAACGGAGGAGUGUUGACUCCUGGAGGUUCGCCGGACCAAGAGCUGAAGCAAAUAGCCGAGUCCCUUAUGCAAGACACUGCCAGUGCCUGCGGAAAGGAGGCCGGGGACGGCGACGAUCAGACAGCUGCUGUUUCAUUGCUUGCCAAGGAGGAUCAGGUCCUCGUGGAAAAACUGGUGGCCAGCCUCGGGAGAUGUGUUCUUGGGUUGACGGAGGUGUCCAGGGCGAGCACAGAGUCGCGCAUGUACCGACGGAGACUUGAGACAGCACGGCGUAUCCUGGAAGGGCUGGAGGAGUAA